CAGCCCGCAGCCUCGGACGCGAUGUUCCGCCGGACCUUGAAUCGCCUGUGUGCUGGAGAAGAGAAACGAGUUGGUACACGCACAGUAUUUGUUGGCAAUCAACCUAUUUCAGAAACAGAAGCUUAUAUUGCACAAAGAUUUUGUGAUAAUAGAAUAGUCUCAUCUAAGUAUACACUUUGGAAUUUCCUCCCAAAGAAUUUGUUUGAACAGUUUAGAAGAAUUGCGAAUUUUUAUUUUCUCAUCAUUUUUCUUGUACAGGUCACAGUGGACACACCAACCAGCCCAAUUACUAGUGGACUUCCACUUUUCUUUGUUAUAACUGUUACAGCAAUCAAACAGGGAUAUGAAGAUUGGCUUAGACACAGAGCUGAUAAUGAAGUUAACAAAAGCACUGUUUACAUUAUUGAAAAUGCAAAACGAGUGAGAAAAGAAAGUGAAAAAAUAAAGGUUGGUGAUGUAGUAGAAGUACAGGCAGAUGAAACCUUUCCCUGUGAUCUUAUUCUUCUGUCAUCCUGCACAACUGAUGGAACCUGUUAUGUCACUACAGCCAGUCUUGAUGGUGAAUCUAAUUGCAAGACACAUUAUGCAGUACGAGAUACCAUUGCACUGUGUACAGCUGAAUCCAUUGAUAACCUCCGAGCAGCAAUUGAAUGUGAACAGCCUCAACCUGACCUCUACAAGUUUGUUGGGCGAAUCAGUAUCUAUAGUAAUAGUGUUGAGGCUGUUGCCAGGUCUUUGGGACCUGAAAAUCUUUUGCUGAAAGGAGCUACACUUAAAAAUACCAAGAAGAUAUAUGGAGUUGCUGUUUACACUGGGAUGGAAACCAAAAUGGCUUUGAACUACCAAGGGAAAUCUCAGAAACGUUCUGCUGUCGAAAAAUCUAUUAAUGCCUUCUUGAUUGUUUAUUUAUUUAUCUUACUGACCAAAGCUGCAGUAUGCACAACUCUAAAGUAUGUUUGGCAAAGUACCCCUUACAAUGAUGAACCUUGGUAUAACCAAAAGACUCAAAAGGAACGGGAAACUUUUAAGGUUUUGAAAAUGUUCACUGACUUUUUAUCAUUCAUGGUUCUCUUCAACUUUAUUAUUCCUGUCUCCAUGUAUGUCACAGUAGAAAUGCAGAAAUUCUUAGGCUCAUUUUUUAUUUCAUGGGAUAAAGACUUUUUUGAUGAAGAAAUUAAUGAAGGAGCUUUGGUUAACACAUCAGACCUUAAUGAAGAACUUGGUCAGGUGGAUUAUGUAUUUACAGAUAAGACUGGAACACUCACUGAAAACAGCAUGGAAUUCAUUGAAUGCUGCAUUGAUGGGCACAAAUAUAAAAGCACAUCUCAGGAAGAUAAUGGAUUAUCUCAAACUGAUGGGCCCUUAACCUAUCUUGAUAAAGCAGAUAAGAACCGUGAAGAGCUAUUUCUGCGUGCCCUUUGUUUAUGCCACACUGUAGAAAUUAAAACAAAUGAUGCUGUUGAUGGACCUACAGAAGCAGCUGAAUUCACCUAUAUCUCCUCCUCACCAGAUGAAAUAGCUUUGGUGAAAGGAGCAAAAAAGUUUGGGUUCACAUUUUUGGGAAAUUGGAAUGGACAUAUAAGAGUAGAGAACCAAAGAAAAGAAAUAGAAGAGUAUGAACUUCUCCACACCUUAAAUUUUGAUUCUGUCCGCCGACGUAUGAGUGUAAUUGUAAAGACCCAAGGAGGAGAUAUACUACUUUUUUGUAAAGGAGCAGAUUCAUCACUUUUUCCCAGGGUGCAUAACCAUGAAAUUGAGUUAACCAAAGCCCAUGUGGAACGUAAUGCAAUGGAUGGGUAUCGGACUCUUUGUGUAGCCUUCAAAGAAAUUGCUCCAGAUGAUUUUGAAAGAAUUAAUACACAACUAAUAGAGGCAAAAAUGGCCUUACAAGAUAGAGAAGAAAAAUUGGAAAAGAUUUUUGAUGAGAUUGAGACAAAUAUGAAUUUAAUUGGAGCCACUGCUGUGGAAGACAAGCUGCAAGAUCAGGCAGCAGAGACCAUUGAAGCUCUGCAUGCAGCUGGCUUGAAAGUCUGGGUGCUUACUGGAGACAAGAUGGAAACAGCAAAAUCUACCUGCUAUGCCUGCCGCCUUUUUCAAACCAAUACUGAGCUCUUAGAACUGACCACAAAAACCAUUGAAGAAAGUGAAAGGAAAGAAGAUCGAUUACAUGAAUUGUUAAUAGAAUAUCGUAAGAAGUUGCUGCAUGAAUUUCCUAAAAGCACUAGAAACCUUAAAAAAGCAUGGACAGAACAUCAGGAAUAUGGAUUAAUCAUUGACGGCUCCACAUUGUCACUCAUACUAAAUUCUAGUCAAGACUCUAGUGCAAACAACUAUAAAAGCAUUUUCCUACAGAUCUGUAUGAAAUGUACUGCAGUGCUCUGCUGCCGGAUGGCACCAUUACAAAAAGCCCAGAUUGUCAGAAUGGUGAAGAAUUUGAAAGGCACCCCCAUAACACUGUCAAUAGGUGAUGGUGCCAAUGAUGUCAGUAUGAUUUUGGAAUCCCAUGUGGGGAUAGGUAUUAAAGGAAAAGAAGGUCGCCAAGCAGCUAGGAAUAGUGAUUAUUCUGUUCCAAAAUUUAAACAUUUAAAGAAAUUGCUAUUGGCUCAUGGACAUCUAUAUUAUGUGAGAAUAGCACAUCUUGUACAAUAUUUCUUCUAUAAGAACCUUUGUUUCAUUUUACCACAGUUUUUGUACCAAUUCUUCUGUGGAUUCUCACAACAGCCACUCUAUGAUGCUGCUUACCUCACAAUGUACAAUAUUUGUUUCACAUCCCUGCCCAUCCUGGCCUACAGUCUAAUAGAACAGCACAUCAAUAUUGAUGCUCUGACCUCAGACCCUCGAUUGUACAUGAAAAUUACUGGCAAUGCUAUGUUACAGUUGGGGCCCUUCUUAUACUGGACAUUUCUGGCUGCCUUUGAAGGGACAGUAUUCUUCUUUGGAACUUACUUCCUUUUUCAGGCUACAUCCUUAGAAGACAAUGGAAAGAUAUAUGGAAACUGGACGUUUGGAACCAUUGUUUUUACAGUCUUAGUGUUCACUGUAACUCUAAAGCUCGCCUUGGAUACUCGAUUCUGGACAUGGAUAAAUCACUUUGUGAUUUGGGGUUCUCUAGCCUUUUAUGUUUUUUUCUCAUUCUUCUGGGGAGGAAUUAUUUGGCCUUUUCUAAAACAACAGAGAAUGUAUUUUGUGUUUGCUCAAAUGCUGUCUUCUGUGUCUACAUGGUUGGCCAUAAUUCUCCUAAUAUUUAUCAGCCUUUUCCCUGAGAUUCUCCUAAUAGUAGUAAAGAAUGUACGAAGAAGAAGUGCCAGGAGAAAUCUGAGCUGUAGAAGGGCAUCUGACUCAUUAUCCACCAGACCUUCAGUCAGACCUCUUCUUUUACGAACAUUCUCAGACGAAUCUAAUAUAUUGUAACAGAAUCCGAAUCUUGAACUGCCCAUGUUGUUGUCCUACAAGCAUAUUGACAGUGGUUGCAGCUAAAGAAAGAAAGCAUGAAGGAACAAAAGAUAUUAACUCAGGAUACUCAAUAUGCAACAAAAAACCACUCUCAUGUAUAGGGUUCAGAAUAAAUGUCCAUUAAAAUACCAAAUAACUCUCCUAACCAUUUACAGUUAUAGUAAGUAGCCAUUAUGGUCAAAGUUAAGACUUAUAUGAAAGUUUAAAGUAAGCAUACUUAGAAUUCUGGAUUUAGAUAGAAAAAUGUAACUAUGAAAAGGAUGCUCUUUUAACCCAUUGACUUUGUGAAUGGAUUUAAAUAUAGUAGUAUAAAGUAGAAGUCAUGCAAUGGCAAUGAUCAGAUUUUGCUAAUACAGUGUUACUUUUUUGCCUGGCAAAAGACAUAGGCUGUUUGUAUCACAUUUCUUGUUCCUGCUAAAUGAUUAUCUUAUUUUUUUCCACAUAUAAGAGCAAUACUUGAAAAUACAGAAAGAGUAAAUGAUAUUACUGCAUUAAACAAAAAUAGUUCAUCUUCUGUUCAAUCAUAGGCUAAUUGUCUUGGUAUAAUAUCCUUUCCCAAAAAACACAUUGAGGACUUUGUGUGAUACUGUUAAUUAUUGUUAUUAUUGUAGAAACAGGGUUGGAAAAGGUUAUUUGGUGUAUUGCCUUCUGAAUUACACACCAUGUAUGUAUUUAGGACUAUUAAACUUGAAAUUAAAACACUUCAGUCACUUGGGUAGUAGCCCCUCAAAACAGUUAAGCAAUAAAAAGAUAUUUCCAGUGUCAAUUUUGCUGGGUAGUGAGCUAAUGUGGGUUAAAUAGAUAGAAAGAGCUAAGGUGGGUUAAAUAUAUAGAAAGAGCUAAGGUGGGUUAAAUAUAUAGAAAUAAGCGCCAUUCUUAGCAUUGGCAUUUUAUAAUUUUAUGUGGCAAAGGAGAAUAGCUUAUUUUAAAUUACUAACGGUUUUUAUUUGAAAGAGGUUGUUUGUGCAUAUAUAUAGCACUUUUUUUUAAAAAUAUUAUUACCAAUUUGGUAGGAAAGAUCCAUUACAAAAACAGUUCAGGUUGUGAAGCCAUGACUCUUUGGACAUGAAUGUUGUCUCCUGUAGCUAACUGGGACAGGGGAGUGGUCUAUUUCUCAACUAUGAGAUAGAUCUUGGUAAGAUCCUCAAACUGCUGAACCAAAAAAAGGGUUUAACCCCUAACAAGUUCACUUAAAACAUGAAGUAAGUGUGAAAUGUCUUUAUUUGAUAGAAGGACCACAUUUGAAAGCUAGGCUGAAAUGAUAUUUAGAAAAUAUUUUUCUAUCAGUUUCUAAUAUUUUUUGUCAGUCUGACAUGCCUGUACUAUUUGAUGUUUAUAUUGUACCUUGAUUUAGGAAAGUAUUAGGUUCAUUCUAUUCCAGUAUAUUUAUAUAGUCCAUAUGGCACAUUUGAUUCUUCCAUAUAUAUUGUGUUGAUGUUUAGAUGUAAUUUUUCUUAAAUUCUAGAAAGGUCAUAAUUUCAGUUAUCAGAAGCCAUUCCCUAAUGAAUUUGUUCUUGUCUAUCAGUAUUAUUUUUGAGUAUUUUGUUAGGUGUCAUUCACAGCUUAAGUGUGUUGUGUGCUCUUGUAGCCUGUAUUUGAGGUGAUCUGCUGAAAGCAAAGUCUUUCUUUUCUUUGCCUGUUCCAAAGAGCUAAAACAUCUAACCCAGGAAAGCUUUGCUAUUUUGUUAUUGUUGUUGUCAUUGUUGUUGCUGCUGUAUUAUUAUUGUUUUACAUCAGAACUAUAAGGACUGUGAAUAACUAUAAGAGCCAAAUAGAGAGACUUAUUGAAUGCAAAAUGAUUGGAUAGUAGAAAUAAAACUGAAUAUGUGUGACCCAUUGCAGUGGAGAGAAAGCUAGAUAAGCGAGUGACAUGUAUUAGGGUCAUGUCUCAGUUACACAUUACAUUGUACACUGCAGCUCAAAUCAGAGGAACCUGGGUUUGCUUUUUGAAAGAUUUUUAUUAGUGACUUAAAACAGGGCUAGCAUGGGAUUAGCAGAUGAAGUAAAUGGAAAUGAGCCAUCCAGUAUUCCUAGCACUACAAUCUAACCACUCUUAGAAGAGGGCAAGAAAUCAGUAAAAAAAUAAAAGUAGGAUUGUAUUACCAUAAUUUGAAUGAAUUCUGAACCAUCAAAAUGUCCAUGUAAUUUUACAAACUGUUGUCUAUUGUUUGAGGAUGUUGCCUAUUAAACAGAAAAUAUUCAUUCCAUAUCUAGUACAUAUACACCAGCAACAGUAGAAAUGUAAGCCUAGAUUUGCAAAAGUCAUAAUUUAGUGAUGAAAUUUUUUAAUAACAUGCAGUAUAUAAAUGUGCAAAUUUUAUGCAGAUGUUGAUAAAAUCAUUUUUCAGCUUGUAAAAUGGAACUGCAGUAUUACAUUUUUCACUUAAGCAAUUUUUUACAUCUACUUUGUUGCUUUCUAAAAUGAACAUGGAUGCCAUCUUUUAUGAAUGCAACUUGCCUUUUUCAUUACAGAAAUUUUCGUUUGAUGUAAUCAAUAAACUUUGGUAUGAUACAAUU